AUGUUUCGUAGCAGAAGCUGGUUUGGAGGAGGCUGGAACCGUCCUAAAAAUCGCCUAUCGCUUGAUCAUCUGAAAUAUUUGUACAGCGUACUUGAGCGUAAUACGACAGUUUCUGAAAGUAACCGAGGGCUGUUAGUGGAAUCGCUGCGCUCCAUAGCAGAAAUACUGAUCUGGGGCGAUCAAAAUGAUUCUUCCGUGUUCGACUUCUUUUUGGAAAAGAAUAUGCUUUCCUAUUUUCUGCAUAUUAUGCGACAAAAGAGUGGAGGAUCCAGUUUUGUUUGCGUACAACUUCUACAAACAUUGAACAUUCUGUUUGAAAACAUCCGGAAUGAGACAUCGCUAUACUAUUUACUCAGCAACAAUUUGGUGAACUCGAUUAUAGUUCACAAGUUUGAUUUCUCGGACGAGGAUGUGAUGGGAUAUUACAUAUUGUUCCUAAAGACGUUAAGCCUAAAGCUUAACACUCACACGAUACACUUUUUCUAUAAUGAGCAUACCAACGAUUUUCCACUCUAUACGGAAGCAAUCAAAUUCUUUAACCAUCCCGAGUCAAUGGUACGCAUAGCCGUACGCACGAUUACACUCAACGUGUAUAAGGUGCAGAAUCCGAACAUGCUGCAAUUCAUACGAGACAAAACGGCAGCGCCGUACUUCAGCAAUUUGGUAUGGUUCAUAGGGAAACAUAUCCUGGAGUUGGAUAAUUGCGUUCGGAAUGACAUUGAUCAUCAAUCGCAGCACCGUUUGGCGAACCUUGUGGCGGAACAUUUAGAUCAUUUGCACUAUCUGAACGACAUUCUCUGCCUCGAUAUCGCUGAUCUAAAUGCUGUCUUGACCGAACACCUGCUUCACAAAUUAUUUGUACCGCUGUACAUAUUUUCGCUGACCCCGUCACCACCCAUGUCGAUGGCCGUCGUAACUUGUAACUUGGCAGCCGUUUUAAACAAAGUCGUUGAUAUCGAUAUCAAGGAGAUGAACAACCCACGAGUCGCGAGCGUGGUGGCGUUGUUUCUCCUUUCGCUCGUGUUUCUCGUCAUCACCCAUCGGCCGCUCAUCAACGCGCUUACGUGGGUCAUUUUGAAUGCAGACCAUACCGUUUUUAAGGAGGGCGCCGCACAAGUGCUAAACGCGUACAUCGAUAAUCGCGAGGUGGUAGCCUUGGGGUUCGUUCAACCAGUUGAAAGUCUAGAAGAAGCACUAGAAAGCACGGUAUCAUCUUCUGCCAGCAGUAGUAGCAGUAAAAGUGGCGAAAGCCGUGCAAGUAGUAGCAGAACUUCCACUACAUCUUUAGAUUCUCCUAGCCCGCCAACGCUUUCCGAAGAGAUUGAGAAGGUCAAUAUUACCGAUGAAGAAAAGGAGAAACUUCUUCUCAAUGCAUAUCGGACCCCUGAGACGAAUCGUCCUUUCCUUGACAUGGUGUUAUCCUCGCUUGAUUGUACCGAGAACGAUUUCCUGGCUUUGUUAGCGUUAUGUUUGCUUUACGCUUUAACAAAUAACAAAGGUGUCAACGCGGAAUGGUUAGAAAUUGUUUUAAAUCGAUCGUCACCAUCAAACCGAACUCAGUACAAUAUCGUUCUGCUGGAGAAGCUACUACAGAUAGUCAACAUUUCAAGCCAACCGUCUUGUCGCAUACGGCUUGUUACUACGGAAUUGACACUAAAGUUACUAGGGCAAAUUAUUUGCUCUAGCUCUGAGGAUUCUUCAGUUUCUGAAGAGUAUCUAUCCUCUCUCAAUCAGGCUCGUAACCAGGCGAUGAAUGUGUUGAAAAAUUUCUACAAAUCGGAGGAUAUUUUCUUGGAUCUUUUUGAAGAUGAAUACAACGAAAUGAUGAAAACUACGUUGAAUGUGGAAUUUCUCUGCAAUGACUCGACUAUUUUGUUACCCCCCACCGGUACACCAUUAACAGGCAUCGGAUUUACGCGUCGCUUGCCAUGCGGAGAAGUGGAGAAAGCACGCCGCGCAAUUCGAGUGUUCUUCCUUUUUCGCCGCAUGAGUCAGAUGAUAUCGGGCGAGAAGGAGUUGCUUCUUCCACUAACAAAUUUGAGCCAAUGUGUCCAAAUAGAUAAUGCACUUGAUUUGAAUAAUAGCGAUCUUAUCGCCUGUACCGUCGUAAUGCGAGAUGGUACUAAAUAUCGUCGUUUUCUGGUUAUGGAUAUCCUGCAACUCAUACUAGUUGAGCCGGAUAGCAAGCGAUUAGGGUGGGGUGUGGCAAAAUUCAUCGGUUUCUUGCAGGAUGUUGAGGUGAACGGCGAUAAGGAGGACUCGCGUAGCUUGCAUCUUACCAUUCACCGAGGCGGUGCGACUAACAACCGGACUCCUAUAUUAUCGGCAAAGUUUAUGUUCGAUGAUCAUAUCCGAUGUAUGGCAGCUAAGCAGAGAUUGACGAAAGGCCGAAGUAAAGCGCGACAGAAAAAGAUGUUUCAAAUUGCGCAGUUACUCGAAAUACCGGGGCAGCUGAAUGAUUCCUCGUUUCCAUCACUGUCGGCGGGUGGCACUGCACCGAGUGGCACACCAUCGUUAAGACACGGAUCCUCCGCACGACAAGGGAGGGAGCAUCGACCCCUGUUUUCUACCAGCAAUCGGGUUCCUGGUGUAGCGGCAGCUUUGAGGCGUGAUAGUAUGCCUUCGGGCAGCGUGAGUCGAGUGCAGAUGAGCGCAAGUCGUUCAAGCGAAGGUCCACGCAUACCACGGCCACGUUCGGAGGAAAUCCCAUUAGAAGAUUUUCGUCGUUCGCAAAACUCUAGCCCGGUCUCUCGUAAUUCAUCGAACAAUCCAUCCCGCUCCCAUACGCCGUCACGGUUAACGCUAGAACCAAUGAGUGUAGUCAACAUCUUACCGACCGUCGGUAGCAGUGGAAAUGGGAAUGGUGCGAACGGUGGUGUUCUGAGUGGUUCAUUCAAGGAUCAAACCAUUCCCAAUGUUAUCUCAACCGGGGUCGUACAGCCGACAGCGGCAGUAGCUGCCCUGCCCGUAACGACCCUUUCCGUACCGCAAGAGAUGAGCCCAACGUCGGAGGAAACGUCUUUUAUAGCGAAUGAGGAACGCCAAAAGAAACGCGGAGCUAUAGAAACAGUGUAAAAGAUACACGUUGUUAUGCGUCGUUAACCUCACCAAAACGAUAUUUGGAGUGUGUAUUUUUUGUAUUUAUUUUUGAUAGGUCAAAUAAGUUUUAUUGUUGAGAUUUCUGAUGUUUAGUUCGACUAGGAAAUACAUAACACACCUGCCGAUGUAA